CUACAAGAGUCGAAGCGAAGCUUUCAGCAUAACCUUAGACCAGUCUGAUUGCUUCCAAUUGAUUGCGCCGACCAGUGGAAACCGUCAUUCGCAUUCCCGAUCUCGCAUCCUCUUAGACCUCGAAUCCCGUCGCAUUCCGUAAAGCGAAGAAUACGAUAACGUCACGGUUUCUCGAAGCGCUUACUCGACUUCCCAACUUUGAUCCAUCGCGCACCUGGCGUGGCGAACCGAGCGUUGAGGGUGUAAAUACGGACACAGAAAAAGAGACCUGGCGCUGAGCGCGGUUCAUACAUGCCUUGCUGGUGAUGCCGCGAGCAGAGCGAGGAAUAAACCGAGCUUGCACGGCGCAUCAGCAUGAUUGGCACACCAAAGACUGGCCUCCGCGGCCUGCUCCUUCUCUUGCUGGCUUCAUCGUCGACGGCAUUCUAUAUCCCUGGCUGGUCAGUCAAGACGUACAAGGAUGGCGAGCUGGUACCGCUGAUGGUCAACAAGGUCUACUCAGAUAACACGCAGCUCCAGUAUGCCUAUAACGAUUUGCCAUUUACCUGCUCCCCGACGGGGAACCACAAGGCCGGAGGCGGCUUGCUGAGCGGCCAGAGCGUGCCCUUGAAUCUGGGGGAGGUGCUGCGUGGUGACCGCAUUGUCACAUCCGACAUGGAGCUUGCCAUGGCGAAAGACACACCGUGCACACUACUCUGCAAUAAAGAGCUAUCACGUCGCGAUAUGCGCUGGACAAAAGAGCUGAUCCAGGACGGGUAUGUGGCUGAGUGGAUCGUGGACAACCUGCCCGGCGCAACCAGCUUUGUCACUGCCGACAAGUCGCGCAAAUAUUAUGCCGCAGGCUUCAAGUUGGGAUAUACAGAGGCCUCGCCAAAGACCGGGAAGCUUCACUACUAUCUCAACAAUCACCAUACCAUUGUCAUACGGUACCGCAGAGCACCAGGCCGGGCUGGCGAUCGUGGUGAAAAGGUGAUUGUUGGGUUCGAAGUUUACCCCAAGAGCGUUGGAAACGGCAACAAAAAGGACAGCGCCGGAUGUCCCGUGGACAUUCAGAACGUUGAAGAGCCUUUUGAGCUCCCCGGCUCUCUGACAAUUCCUUACACUUACUCUGUCUACUUUCGCGAAGACGAGAGCAUCGAAUGGGGCCAUCGCUGGGACCUCUACUUCGUGAACCAAGAGGAAGGCACGCGCAUCCACUGGAUGGCCAUUAUCAACUCGCUCAUCAUCUGCGGGCUCCUGACGGGCAUCGUCAUGAUUAUCCUCGCCAGGACUAUCCAUAGCGACAUCAACAAGGGCAUCUCAGCCGAAGAAGGGAAAGCCAGGGGCAAGAGAGCAGCCAAGCCCAAGGGCGAGCAGACCUCAGGCUUGCUGAAGGCCACGGGCUGGAAGCUGCUCCACGGAGACGUGUUUCGAAAGCCGAAGCUUGGGACCCUGCUGGCGCCCCUUGUUGGGUCCGGGAUGCAGCUGUUCUUCAUGGCCAUUGGACUGGUGUCGCUCGGUGCCUUGGGGGUCUUGAACCCGAGCUUCCGGGGCGGCUUCAUCAGCGUUGGAGUAGGUUUGUUUAUCUUUGCGGGACUCUUCUCCGGCUACUUAUCUGCCCGCGUCUUCAAGAGCUUUGACGGCGCGGACCAUCGUGCAAACGCGCUGGUUACAGCCUUGCUGUUCCCCGGUCUCACCUUUGGGCUUGUCUUUAUCCUCAACCUCUUUGUGUGGGCCCAGGCAUCCAGCACGGCGAUUCCAUUCGGAACCCUGUUGGCGAUUCUUGUUCUCUGGCUCUGCGUGCAGGUGCCGCUUGUGUAUGCAGGGUCUCACUAUGGCUUCCACAAGGCCGGUGCUUGGGAGCAUCCCACCAAGACAACGACGAUCCCCAGACAGGUGCCUCGGCAGGCCUGGUACAGCAAGUCGAUUCAGGCAGUGCUUCUAGCGGGCUUGAUCCCGUUUGCCGUCAUCUUCAUCGAGCUGUUGUUCGUUUUCCAGUCGAUCUGGCAGGACAAGAGCAGCUACUACUACGUCUUUGGCUUCCUGGCAGUGGUGCUGGCCAUUCUGAUGGUGACCAUUGCCGAAGUGACCAUUGUGACCAUCUAUGCCCAGCUCUGCGCAGAAAACUACCACUGGUGGUGGCAGUCAUUUUUUGUUGGGGGCGGAAGCGCGUUUUGGGUGUUUCUCUAUUCGCUGUGGUACUAUUUCUUCAAGCUGCACAUCAGUGGUUUUGUGAGUAGCAUGCUCUUCUUUGCGUAUAGUUUCAUGGCGUGCUGUGUGUAUGGGCUGUUGACGGGCACGAUUGGAUUCUUGAGCGCAUAUGCCUUUGUGCGAAGGAUAUACAGGUAUGUCUCGCUUUCCUCGAAGUGA